AUGUGGUUUUUCUGCUUCAUCGUCCUUGUUAGUCGAGUCUUGUGUGUUGAUCGGAGCAACUUUAGGACAUGCAGCGAGAGUUCGUUUUGCAUGCGUCAGAGGACAUUUUGGCCAUCUGCACCGAAAUAUAGUGUCGACGCUGCAAAAUUCCGGGUUGACGAUUGUGUUCAUUUUCAACUCAUUGACUCGGAAUCACAAAAGCGCCUCAACGCAACUAUUAGUUACCAUCCUAACCUCACUUUUCGACUGGUUCUCGAUGAAGCUGAUCCGAUUCGACCUCGGUUUCGUCCUAGGAUUGGUGACGCAUUGGUUCGAGAACCUAAAGUCAUACCUUUGAGGGUGCACAGGAUGGAGUUGGAGGCAGUUCUUUUUGGACAACACCAAGACAGAGCUGUUAUUGGGUUCAGUCCUUUUAGAGUCUCAUUCUUCCUGGGCGACGCUCUUCAAUUAACGAUCAAUGAGAGAGACUUGCUUAAUUUCGAGUAUCAACUUGAGCAACAAUUUGAAGAAAGGUUGGUCAUUACUGAGAUGGUAGCCGAUUCCAUAUCUGAAAACGGGACUGUAAGUGAACCGAACAACAGUGAAGUGACACAAAGUGAUGAAGUAUACAAGCCCCCUCCGACAGAGCGUGUCCCAGUCGACUGGUCAGAAUCCUUUAAAGGCCAUCGAGACUCAAGGCCACACGGUCCAACCUCCGUCGGAGCUGAUUUCACCUUUCACGGAUUUGAAUACGUCUACGGUAUUCCUGAGCAUGCAGACAGUCUGGCUCUGCGAAAUACCAAUCAAACUGACCCAUACCGCCUCUACAAUUUGGACGUAUUUGAAUACGAAUUAAACAACCCCAUGGCACUCUACGGGUCCAUUCCUCUAAUGUGGGCUCAUAGUACAAAUAGCACUGUCGGUUUGUUCAUCAAUAAUCCAUCAGAAUCCUGGAUUGAUGUGGAAUCUUCCAGAGAGGUUGAUUCCGGUGGAGGUUUAUUAUCUAAUCUAUUCACCAGAGCGAAACACGCGAACCCAUUCGUCAAGACUCGUUGGAUGUUUGAAACUGGUGUUCUCGACGUAUUUGUAAUCCUUGCUAAUAACCCUCGCUCUGGUUUUCGUGCCUAUUCGGAGCUCACCGGCUCAACUCCAUUGCCUCCUCUCUUCGCUCUAGCGCAUCACCAGUGUCGCUGGAAUUAUCGUGAUGAAGAGGAGAUGAAAUCUAUUAAUAACGAUUACAACAAACACAACCUACCCAUGGACGUUCUCUGGUUAGAUAUCGAAUAUGCUAAUGACAAACGUUAUCUCACUUGGAAUACAGCAAGAUUCCCCUCUCCUGAUGGUAUUGUUGACGAUUUGGACGUCAAUGGGCGCAAACUCGUUGUAGUUGUGGAUCCUCACAUAAAAGCAGAUCAUUCCUGGUCCACAUGCUCGCGAGCCAAAUCGGAGGGUCUGUUUGUGAAAAGAGUAGAUAACACAACCGAUUUUGAUGGCUGGUGCUGGCCGGGAUCGAGCUACUGGCCGGAUUUUUAUCGUCCUGAGGUUGUUGAUUGGUGGGCAGAUCUCUUUACUGGCGGGGACUUUUUAAGCAAGGAUCGGAUGUUUCACUGUUGGAAUGAUAUGAAUGAACCUUCAGUGUUCAGUGGAGCCGAGGUCACUAUCCCGAAGGACACGGUGUUUGGCGGAGUGUGGGAAAACCGGGACUUGCACAACCUCUACGGGCUCUGGGUGCACAAUGCUACGUGGGAGGGUCUUUUGCGACGCUCCAAUCGCAAAGAGCGGCCUUUUGUUCUCUCGCGCGCCUUUUUUGCCGGCUCCCAACGCACGGCUGCCGUGUGGACUGGGGAUAACUCUGCAUCAUGGGAUCACCUCCAGGCACGUUUACUCUCUUGUCUAACAAAAUCAUCCUUGAUUCGGGUCAAAGUCGACCUACUUAGCAUUCAGUCGAUCUCCACACCAAUGCUCUUGAGUAUGUCAUUAACGGGUCUCACCCUCUGCGGCUCCGAUGUAGGCGGCUUCUUUGGUCACCCCUCUGGCGAGCUGUACACACGGUGGUACCAGGCUGGGGCCUUCCAUCCCUUCCUUCGUUCCCACGCCCACAUUGAUACACCGAAGCGUGAGCCGUGGAACUAUGAACAGAAAUACCUUGAUGCUAUUCGGGAGGCUCUUCGACUGCGCUACUCUCUGCUACCCUACUGGUACACCCUCUUUGCUCUCAGUGAGGCCACCUCCCUAAUCCCGAUGGCGCCACUUUUUUACCACUUCCCUACUGACGAGAACACCUUCAGCAUUGAUGAUGCCUUCAUGGUGGGUGAGGGCCUCCUCGUUCACCCCGUGGUGCAUGAGGGCGCCUCCAGUGUUGACGUCUACUUGCCUGAGGGUACAUGGUACCUUCAUGACGAUUGGAAGGUUUAUUUUGGUGCCCAAGUGGUGAGACUGGCAGUGGACUUGCGAACUAUCCCCCUCUUCUACCGUGGUGGCUACAUCAUUCCCAAGAAGGCGCGUCCACGACGCUCUUCUGCCAUGAUGCUUCAUGAUCCCUACACCAUUUUCGUGGCUCUAGACCAAUCCACCGAUUGGGCUAAUGCUACCGGUCACCUCUAUAUGGACGACUUCCAUUCAGAGGAUCGUGAUCAGUCCCGCCUCUACCGAAUGGACUACUUCCGGGAGAAUCGCAGCUAUGUGUUCAAGUUUGCUCUCCUUCAAGGUCAAAAUGAUGCUGAUACGCCGUACAUCGAGCGUAUUGUCUUAAUGGGCGCUCAGAUGACGAAACCGAAUCGGGUUUAUAUGACAACCACCUCGGAGCAGGGUCACAAGCGGGAUGUGGAGUUCUUUUACUCCCCUCCGGAGGCAAACUCUUCCACUAUGGAUGGAAGUCGGUCCGCUCUUUUGGUGAUUCGAAAACCUGAGGUUCGAGCGAUGGCAGGUUGGAGGCUGGUUGUUGAGAUGCCAUAG